UCGCAAAUGCAAUCGCGUCGCAAUAGAUGAUUUGUUAAUUAUCUACAGUCAGUGUAAGAAGUAUUCGUACACCAACCAAUUUAAAAUGAAUGGUUCCUGUACGAAUACUUAUUACACUAAACUAACUGUAUAUCUUAGUUAUUGAAAAAACAACUAUCGGCUACGUAACGUUGAAGUUACUUAACCUAUGAAAUAUGUUCAAUAUGGAGACAAUAGAUGAUCCAUAUCUGAGACAUCUUUUCGAUGGAGAUGAUGCAUUUAAUGUUUAUAAAGACAACUUUACAAACUUAUCGGUUGGUGCACCUGGACCUGAUCUACUCAAACAUUGUACAGAAAUGAUACAGAGAGCGACAGAUCAUCGACUGGAAGAAGAAAGGAAAGAGGGAAAGUAUUAUCUUUUUCAAUAUGGCAUAACAGCAGGUCUGUGGGAGUGUCGCAAGGAACUGGCAAUGUUCCUAACCAGGCAAUAUGGUGAUCCAGUAAGCAGAGAAAAUUUAAUUUUAACCUGUGGAGCUUCGCACGGUCUUCAACUAUUAUUAAACACCAUUGUUUCACCAAAUGGAAUAAUUUUCGUAGAAGAAGUCACUUACAUGAUAGCCCUGGAUGCUUUCAAACAAUUUCCACUAAUGAAAAUAGUAACUGUACCAAUGAAAAAUGAUACUGUAGAUGUAGAUGCAUUUGAAGAAAUAGUCACAAAGGAGAAAAAAAAUGGUAAUUUCCUUCUCAGUGAUGAGAAAUUAUUCUGGGCUAUGUUUUAUACUAUUCCCACUUUCCACAAUCCAACUGGUAGAACUUUACCACUAGAAAGUUGCAAGCGUCUGAUCGAAAUAGCGAGGAACAAUUCUAUACUAGUUGUCUGCGAUGAUGUAUAUAACUUACUUUAUUAUGGAAACGGAAAUCCGCCCCAUCGACUGUUCUUUUAUGACAACCUAGAGGAUCCCAAUUACAAAGGUGGCAAUAUUAUAUCAAAUUGUUCAUUUUCAAAGAUUCUUUCACCAGCAAUUCGCUUUGGAUGGAUUGAAUGCCCUGCAAAAAUAGCAAAGAUUUUCAGAUCAUCAGGGAUAUUACGCAGUGGUGGUGCAGUUAAUCACUACAUUUCUGGUGUUAUUACAAGUUUACUUCAUCUAAAAAUUGAAGACAAGUAUCUUGAUUACAUUAUUAAUAUUUAUCGGGAACGAUUAUCAGUGCUAUGUAAUGUGUUGGAUCAAUAUUUGCCAAAAUGCUGUUCAUACUACCGACCAGAAGGUGGUUACUUUGUAUGGAUUCAUCUCCCACCAGGAAUAAAUGCUAAUGAUUUCAUUAAAUGGUGUCAAGAAAAACACAAUAUAUCUGCAAUACCAGGAGCACAAUUUUCAUACACAAAAAAAUGUAAUAAUUUCAUACGACUUAGCAUAGGUUUUCACAACAAAGAAGCUUUAAAAACUGCUUCUACAACCCUUUGCAAGGUUCUCCUAUAUUACCUUGAAAAUAAUACUGAAUAUAUGAAGAAUUUGAACAAUUAA